AGUAGUUUUUCAAUAUAUGGACUUAAAACAUACACAUUCUCGUAAGGUUCAAGUCUCGUAUUGGGUUGGAAUAGGUACGAAGAUUAUCUGUUGCUUUGAAUGACUAUCAGACAGCCGAAUCACUGGAUAUCACGGAGCUAAUUAACGGUGCCAACAAAUAACUGCCAAGCCGUAAUAAUGCUGCUGGAAAUUCUUGCAUUACCAGUUGAAGACAAAAUCUUUUACGCUGUCCUGGUCUUCUCAUGGACGGUGUAUAUUUGGGAGGCCUACCUCGCAUAUAGACAGAGGAAAAUCUACAGAGCUACUAUGCAUGUGCCCACUGAGCUGGGCAAGAUAAUGGAUUCAGAAACCUUUGAAAAGUCUCGCCUCUAUCAGUUGGACAAGAGCAACUUUGGCUUCUGGUCUGGACUCUACUCAGAGGCAGAGGGCACGCUGAUUUUGCUCCUGGGAGGAAUCCCGUUCCUCUGGAAAGUGUCAGGGAUUCUCACAGCUCGUUUUGGUUUUGGUGCAGAGUACGAGAUCUCCCAGUCUUUGGUGUUCCUGAUGUUGGCAACUCUCUUCAGUGCUCUCACUGGCCUUCCCUGGAGCCUCUACAGCACUUUUGUUAUUGAGGAGAAGCAUGGAUUCAACCAGCAGACAGUGGGUUUCUUCCUGAAAGACACUCUCAAGAAGUUUGCUGUGACUCAGUGUAUUUUGUUGCCAGUGACAUCAUUGCUCCUCUACAUCAUCAAGAUCGGUGGUGAUUACUUCUUCAUCUAUGCCUGGCUCUUCACACUCGUCGUCUCGCUGAUUCUGGUGACUAUCUACGCAGACUACAUCGCCCCUCUGUUUGAUAAAUUCACUCCGCUGCCAGAUGGAGAGCUGAAGAGUGCGAUUGAGAGCAUGGCAAAGUCCAUCUACUUCCCCCUCACCAAGAUUUAUGUAGUGGAAGGUUCAAAGAGAUCUUCCCACAGUAAUGCGUACUUCUAUGGUUUCUUCAAAAAUAAGCGCAUUGUGCUAUUCGACACUCUUUUGGAGGAUUACUCCCCUUUAAAUAAAUCUGGAGAGAAAGAGCCAGGAACGGGAGAGGAGAACGAAGCAGCAGGCAAUGAGAGCAAGUCCAAACCAAAGAACAAGAAACAGGGCUGCAGUAACCCUGAGGUUCUGGCAGUUCUUGGACAUGAACUGGGGCAUUGGAAACUAGGCCAUACAGUCAAGAACAUUGUCAUCAGCCAGAUGAACUCCUUCCUGUGUUUCUUCCUUUUUGCUGUCCUGAUUGGUCGAAAAGAGCUCUUCAUUGCAUUUGGUUUUCAUGACACCCAGCCAACACUUAUCGGGCUGAUGAUCAUCUUUCAGUUCAUCUUCUCACCUUACAAUGAGUUGCUGUCGUUCUGUUUGACGGUGUUGAGCCGAAGGUUUGAGUUUCAGGCAGAUGCAUUCGCGCGCAAUAUGGGCCGAUCGUCUGAGCUGUACUCUGCUCUCAUCAAGCUCAAUAAGGACAACCUAGGCUUCCCUGUAGCAGAUUGGCUCUUCUCUAUGUGGCAUUACUCCCAUCCUCCCCUGCUAGAGCGGCUCAGAGCCCUCACUGGACCCAAGCAAGACUGACGGCUUUGCAAGGGGGCGCCACGUUCACCACUCGCUCCCCCGAGAAAGGGUCUCGGCCGGCCUCUAAUGGCCCUCUGAUAUCGAUGCCUAUUUCUCUCUCCUUCUCUCUCUUUUAUUUCCAUUCCUCUUCUUAAGUGUUUGGGUUUUGCCAUUUGUUUGUUAUCGCCCUGGAAAGAAGUCUAAAUUGAUUUCAGAUGGCUUCAGAUAGCUCAGUGUACAAGAUGUCAAUGAUUUUUGAGUCUGUGCUUUCAGUAUGCCUUUUGCAAUUGUUCUUGAUAUGGUUUUGAUUGUUUGAAUUCAUUUAUACAUUUUAACUGUGAAUUGCCCCCUCCGGUUCUUUAGAUCCAUGCAUUUUGCCUUUAAUUUUGUGUCAUCCACUUGAACCGUGAGAGAGAGGAGGUUAAAACAUUUCAGAGGGGCCCUUAGCAGUGUAUGAAACCAAGAGAUUCUUACCAAGAGAUUUAAUACUGAGUGCCAGCUGCUGUACUUUAAAUAAUGUCUGUUUGUUGAAACUGGAAUAAGAACUGUCUGCAGUAUAGUCAGAUGAAAUUAAAUGGAUCGGAUGACAGAUGUUAUGGACUACCCAAUUAGACUGCUAUUCUGAACUCGUUUGGCUCAGUUAAGCCAAUUAAAAUGUCUAUUCCCAUUUUAGUUCUUUCAACCUUUUGAAAUAAUUUUGUUCUUUGUUUUACCAAUUAAAGGUGUUUGAACAUA